UGGCAAACCUGGCCACAUACGGAACAUUUUUCGUGACCACUUUUUUUCUCUCUACACUAUCGAGAUAACUCUCCUUACUCUUCCUUCAUGGUGCACAUGGUAUAAAUCUAACCUUAAUUGUCCCUAACCUCUGACUCGUGUAUACAGUGCAUUUUAUAAUUGGAAUUCUAUCUUAGAAGGCACAAUGGCUAAAUCACAUGGCACUACUAAAGCCCCGCGAAAGCAGGGCUUUAAUCGUUCAGGGCAUAGCAUGAAUCCUGAACGCCCCACGGAAGGAUUAAAAGGAGUUGCUAAAGUACGAACAAAAGCGACUAUUAAAAGAUUACAGAUGUAUCGCAAUCAGAAACCGAAACGCAAUCGUUCUGGAAAGAUCAUUAGCCCCGCGCCCUUUCAAGGCUGGAACACUUCUGGAACUAUGUCGCGCGUGGAGCCAUCCCGAGGAUGGUUUGGUAAUUCAAGAGUUAUCUCACAGAAUGCUCUACAAAAAUUCCAGAAUGAAUUGGGAACCGCUAUGAAGGAUCCCUAUAAGGUCGUCUUGAAACCAACUCAAUUGCCUAUAACUUUACUUCAACAAAAGGCAGCAAAUGCAAGAGUACACUUGUUAGAUACGGAAAGUUUUGAAAGCGUUUUUGGUCCAAAGAAGGUCAGAAAGAGACCCAAUUUGAUGAUAACGUCCUAUGAUGAAUUGAAAAAAUCGGCCGAGGAAAAGGAAGAUACCUACAACAAGGAGAAGGAUACCAAAGAUUAUGAUCUAAUUCGCGAGGACACUGGUGUAAGAGAUGCACAGAGGGAGUGGAUCAUGGGAGCGGGACAAAGUAAGAGGAUAUGGAACGAGCUGUACAAAGUCAUUGACUCCUCGGACGUUAUUCUGCAGGUAUUGGACGCGAGGGAUCCAAUGGGAACCAGGUCUCCUCCUGUGGAGAAAUUUCUAAAGACCGAGAAACCUUACAAACAUCUGAUAUUUAUCUUAAAUAAAGUAGAUCUAGUACCAACGUGGGUCACACAAAGAUGGGUGGCAAUUCUGAGCAAGGAAUAUCCAACGGUCGCCUUUCACGCUUCCUUGACACAUCCCUUUGGCAAAGGCUCCCUGAUAAAUCUGCUGAGGCAAUUUUCGAAAUUACACGUUGAUAAAAAGCAGAUCAGCGUGGGUUUCAUAGGAUAUCCCAAUACAGGAAAGAGUUCUAUCAUAAACACCUUGCGUUCCAAGAAAGUCUGCAAAGUAGCGCCUAUAGCCGGUGAGACGAAGGUAUGGCAAUAUAUAACUCUCAUGCGCCGCAUUUAUCUGAUAGAUUGUCCUGGCGUUGUCUAUCCAUCGACGGAAACCGACACGGAGAAAGUGUUGAAGAGUGUCGUGAGGGUGGAACUCGUUCAGAACCCGGAAGAUUACAUCGCCUCCGUUCUAGAGAGAGUGAAACCUGAAUACGUACGUAAAACGUACAAAAUAGAUAAAUGGGAGGAUCACGUCGAUUUCUUGGAAAAAUUGGCUCAUCGAAGCGGCAAGCUUUUGAAGAAGGGAGAACCCGACAUAACCAUCGUCGCGCGUAUGGUGCUGAACGAUUGGCAACGCGGUAAAUUGCCAUUUUACAUUCCACCAGUAGGCUUUGAAGAGCCACUAUCAGAACAAGCGACUAAUGCAAACGAGACAAUUACCGCGCGAGAUAAUGCACCAAAUGUCACUGAUGAAACGAUACAAAAGAGUGAUAGCUUAUCUUCAACGGAAGCAAUACAGAAUGGAUUGACAGUGACCCAAGAUUUUAGAAAAAUACGCGUUGCAUUGCAUUAUUCGAGCGAUGACAUCAGAAAGGAUUUGGAGCAGGAUACUUUAGAUGAAAGUAUUGAAAAAGACGAUAGUAAUAUAGAAAGCGAGUCAGAAUCGGAAGAUUCAGAAAUGGAAGAUGUAGCGAAAGAUAAAUCUCAUACAGAAAAAUCGACAAAUUUGGAUAAUGAUAAGGAAUGUUCUUUAAACAUUGAUGAUAACAUUCUCGAAGAUCAUGAUGAGGAUGCGAUCGAACAGGACAAUCUGAGACAGAACGCGUUCGAUGUUAUAGACAAUGAAUAUAAUUCCAACGACAGUGAAAUGCUUACUUCCAAGGUGCGUUCAAGUAGCGGCACGUUCACUAUCUCGUCAGUGUCCACGAAAAAAGCGACGGAAAAAUUAACAAGUAAACAGCGAAGAGCCAUAGAACGCGCGAGUAAGAGGAAGAAGAUAGGAAGCAAUUUCUACGAAGUGACAAAUGUGAAAAACAGAAAUAGAAACAGAAAAGUUCCCAAGAUCAAAAGAGGGUGAUAAAUCGAUUCUAGACUAAAUUAAAUCGAUUUUCUUCAAGUAGUUAUAAAAAAUGCGAGCAAGAGUUGAGAUUUUUGUAUAAAAAUAUAUUUUAUAUAUCUCAAACUUGUUACAUCAUAUAUCUCUAUCUCCUUUUCCUGUAAAAUUUAUGUCAUCUCUUUAUUAUUCUUAUCAUAAUACAUAGGAAGAGAUAGAGAGUCAAAUAAACGUGUGCGGUAACGUAAUCAGUCGCAUUAUGUUACCGUGCGUGAUAAAUAAUUAUGUAUGUGUAUAAUAAUAUACAAUGUAUAUAAUAAUUAAAUAUAUAAUAUAUAAU